GCUCUUUCCCUCAACCUGUUGCCCUUUUGACAGGUGCAAAACAUGUCUCAAUCCAUAGAGGUCUUGGAUAGGCGGACUCAGAGGGACUUGCAGUACGUGGAGAAGAUGGAGAACCAAAUGAAAGGACUGGAGUCCAAGUUCAAACAGGUGGAGGAGAGUCAUAAGCAACACCUGGCCAGGCAGUUCAAGGCGAUAAAAGCGAAAAUGGAUGAACUUAGGCCUUUGAUACCUGUGUUGGAAGAGUACAAGGCCGAUGCCAAAUUGGUAUUGCAGUUUAAAGAGGAGGUCCAGAAUCUGACGUCAGUGCUUAACGAGCUGCAAGAGGAAAUUGGCGCCUAUGACUACGAUGAACUUCAGAGCAGAGUGUCCAAUCUUGAAGAAAGGCUCCGUGCAUGCAUGCAAAAACUAGCUUGUGGCAAGCUGACGGGCAUAAGUGACCCCGUGACCAUCAAGACCUCCGGCUCAAGGUUUGGGUCCUGGAUGACAGACCCUCUGGCCCCAGAAGGUGAUAACAGGGUGUGGUACAUGGAUGGCUACCACAACAACCGCUUUGUCCGCGAGUACAAAUCUAUGAUUGACUUUAUGAACACGGACAAUUUCACCUCGCACCGCCUGCCCCACCCCUGGUCCGGCACGGGGCAGGUGGUCUACAACGGCUCCAUCUACUUCAACAAGUUCCAGAGUCACAUCAUCAUCAGGUUCGACUUGAAAACGGAGACGAUCCUCAAGACACGCAGCCUGGACUACGCAGGCUACAACAACAUGUACCACUAUGCCUGGGGUGGCCACUCAGACAUCGACCUCAUGGUGGACGAGAACGGGCUGUGGGCCGUCUACGCCACCAACCAGAACGCGGGCAACAUCGUGAUCAGCAAGCUGGACCCCAUCUCGCUGCAGAUCCUGCAGACCUGGAACACCAGCUACCCCAAGCGCAGUGCUGGAGAGGCCUUUAUCAUCUGCGGGACCCUCUACGUCACCAACGGCUACUCGGGGGGCACCAAGGUCCACUACGCGUACCAGACCAACGCCUCCACCUACGAGUACAUCGACAUCCCCUUCCAGAACAAAUACUCCCACAUCUCCAUGUUGGACUACAACCCCAAGGACCGGGCCCUGUAUGCCUGGAACAAUGGCCACCAGAUCCUCUACAACGUCACUCUCUUCCACGUCAUUCGCUCUGACGAGUUGUAGCUCCCUCUGCCCAGAAGCCACGGUCCAAGUCCUCACCCACAAGGAAACUCCUGUGAAACAGCUGCCAAAAUGAUACUCAUCACACUAAUUUGGAAAAUCAUCAGCAAUGCGGAUCCUGACGUCGAGGGAUGGCAUUACCUCCUGUGUCUCCCGUUCGUGCCGGCGGGCCACAGACGUCCUAAGAAACCCCUGUACUUGCAGCUGGAACUGCAGCCCAUGGCACCCCGGUUCUGCCCCGUCCGUCCUCUCUGGUCACAGAACAUACUAAAGAAGCAAGGUAGUGACUGUUGGCCAAUUCUCGCCCAAGAAUGGCCCGCUGUUAGGGUGGCACGGACGUUUCCUCAGUCGUGGUCGCCUCCGAUGGCUGUGAUCGUCCUGUCUCCUUGAGAGCCCCGGGCUGCGCUCGGCGCAGGCUAGUGUCGCUCCCAUCCCAUCGCAGCUGCUGUUUCCUGACUGUGUUGUUGUCUCUUAGAUCAACCGUGCGGAGGCUCCAGCCGCACGCAGACCUGUGUCCAGCACUUGCUAAAGCGAUGGUCGGAGAGCACAGAACGAAGUCGCUGUACCCACGUUGUUUGAACUCGUGUACCCCGUAGAUACUUGUGCAGUGUCCGUCUGUUCCCCCUUGAGGUGGUAACCCUGUUCGUUCAGUUUAUGCAGUGGAUGUUGUAAAUGCAAUGCCGUAGUUUGGAUUAAUAAGUGGAUGGUUUUUGUUUCUAAAAAGAAAAAAAAAAAAAUCAGUGUUCACCCUUAUAGACACAUAGUCAAGUUCAUGUUGAUAAUAAUCAAAGGAAUUACUCUCUUCCUAUUAAAUUAUCCAAGUCCUGUAGCCGCAGAUGGGAAGGCUUGCCAGGGAAACUUCAGUUUCCAAAGGGAAAGGAAUGUGAAGAGGGCAACAGUGUGUGGAAAGAACGUUUUUAAAGUAAAAAACGAGGAAAACUUUGUACCUUCCAGUUAUCUGAGGAAAAUAAAAACAUUAGGAGAUGU